AUGAAGGGUAAGAAGAGGGAGAAGCGGGAGUUGAAGGAGGCAAAGCAAGUCAUAGUGGAGACGAAGAUUAAAGAUGUGAAAGCGGAGAAGAAAGGAGCGGCGGAGGGGGAGAAGGGGAAGGGGAAGGGGAAGGGGAAGGGGAAGGGGAAAGAGGGAGAGAAGGCUGGCAAGAAGGGAAAGAAGGGCAAAAAGGAGGAGAGCAGUGAUGAGAAGAUGGAAGUAGCGAGUGAGGAAGAGAGUGAGGAGGAGGAGAGUGAGGAGGAGAGUGAGGAGGAGGAGAGUGAGGAGGAGAGUGAGGAGGAGGAGAGUGAGGAGGAGGAGGAAGAGAAGAAAGUGAAGGAGGAGAGUAGUGCGGAGGAGGAGAGCAGUGAUGAGGAAGAGGAGGAGGAGAGUGAUGAGGAGGAGGAGGAAGAAAAGAAAGUGAAGGAGGAGAGUAGUGAGGAGGAGGAGAGUAGUGAUGAGGAAGAGGAGGAGAGUGAAGAAGAGGAGGACGAAAAGAAAGCUGUGAAAAAGGAGGAAAGUAGUGAGGAGGAGAGUAGCGAUGAGGAGAGUGAGGAGGAGGAAGAGAGUGAGGAGGAGGUAGAGAAGAAAGUUGUAAAGAAGAUAGCAGCAAAGGAGGAGAGCAGUGAGGAGGAGGAGAGUGAAGAGGAGGAGAGUAGUGAAGAGGAGGAGAGUGAGGAGGAGGUAGAGGAAGAGAAGAAGGUUGUGAAAAAGGAAGAGAGCAGUGAGGAGGAGGAGAGCAGUGAGGAGGAGGAGGAGGAGAGUGAGGAGGAGGAAGAGGAAAUUAAGAAUGAGGAAGAGGAAGAGGAAGUUAAGAAGGUGGUGAAAAAGGAAGAGAGCAGUGAGGAGGAGGAGAGUAGUGAUGAGGAGGAGAGUGAGGAGGAGGAGGAGGAGGAGGAGGAAGUUAAGAAGGUUGUGAAGAAGGAGAGCAGUGAGGAGGAGGAAGAGAGUAGUGAUGAGGAGGAGGAGAGUGAGGAGGAGGAAGAGGAAGUGAAGAGGGUUGUGAAAAAGAAAGAGAGCAGUGAGGAGGAGAGUAGUGAGGAGGAGGAGGAGGAGGAGGAGGAGGAGGAGGAGGAGGAGGAGGAGGAGGAGGAGGAGGAGGAGGAGGAGGAGGAGGAGGAGGAGGAGGAGAGUGAGGAGGAAAAGAAAGUUGUGAAAAAGGAGGAAAGCAGUGAAGAGGAGAGUAGUGACGAGGAGGAGAGCGAGGACGAAGAGAGUGAGGAGGAGAGUGAGGAGGAGAGUGAGGAGGAGGAGGAGGAGAAACCGAAGAAGUCAAAUGUGAAGGAGAUUAAGAAAGAAAGAGGGGGUCGGCAGCAGAAGCAGAAGGAGCAGGAGCAGCAGAAACAGCAGGAGGAGCAGCAGCAGAAUGGAUGGCAGAUGACACCUGCCAGGCUCGCGGGCAACAAGAGGAGCUUUGACGCCAUCUCCCCGGGGUCAGGCAGCAAGCUGGGCAGUGCUGCGAGAUCUCCACCCCAUUCUCUAUUCCUAUGCCCCAACCCAUGCCACUUCCACUGCCCCUUCUACCCCUCCCCACCCCCCACCCAGCUCAUGGGCAACAAGAGGAGCUUUGAUGCCAUCUCGCCAGGAUCAGGGAGCAAGCUGGGCAGCGCUGCAAGAGCGUUCCAGAGAGUGAAGGUCGUUCCUCACUCGCUCGCUCUCUCUGCAUGCUUCACCACCCAGAACCACCCUCCACCCGCUCAUCAGCUCCCUUUCUUCUCUGCCAUACCUGCUCUCCUGCGCUCCACGUGCAACUCAAAGAUCCCCGCCUCAUGGAUGGAUAACUCGUACUGGGCCAAGAGCGGGGCGGGAAGUGGAUGGGCCGCCAAGGCCCAGGAGGUGCUGGGUCAAGUCAGGGGCAGGGGGUUCCGGCAUGAGAAGACAAAGAAGAAGAGGGGCAGCUACAGGGGCGGCAUCAUCGACCAGGAGAGCCACUCCAUCAAGUUUGCCGAUUCCGACGACGAGUAA